AUGAAGAGGAGCGGGAUGCACUGGUGGCUUGUCACCGUCCUGGGGGUGCUGAGCAGAGCUGCCCAGGGGGCCGGGAGCUGCAGCGCCCCGGAGCCGGGGACAGCGGGAUGCCCGCCCGGAGAGGAGCCCACCGGGGAUGCAGCGGGGACCUGCCGAGCUUGUCCCCCCGGCACCUUCUCCCCGGGGGACGCGUCCUGCGCCGCUCACACCCGGUGCCGCGCCGGGAACAGGAUCCUGCUGGCGGCGGGGACGGCGGCGAGCGACAGCCGGUGCGGAGCCUGCCUGCCGGGGUUUCACAGCCCUGGAGGGGAGAGGGAGCCCCGGGGCCGGUGCCUGCCCUGCGCCGCUGCUCCCCGCAGCACCCCGGGCUGCCCAGGCCGGCGAAGAGCCCGCAGCCCCGAAACGCCAGGCCGGGCAUCGGGAGCCAACGGGACACGGGUGACCCUGCUGGGUGAGGAGGAGGAGGAGGCGGCAGCAGCGCAGGCAGCCGUGCUGACCAUCGUCCCGGUCUUCUGUGCCAUGGGAUUGUUGGGAAUCCUGGUCUGCAACCUGCUGAAGAAGAAGGGUUAUCACUGCACUGCCAGCAAGGAGCCCCAGCCCGGCAGCACCGGUCCCAGCUCCAUCUACCAGCUGGAGGAUGCCAAUGAGGACACCAUCGGGGUGCUGGUGCGGCUGAUCACCGAGAAGAAAGAAAAUGCAGCGGCGCUGGAGGAGCUGCUGAAGGAGCACCAGAGGCAGCAGCUGAUGCCCCCGAGCUGUGCCCCCCUCAAUAAGCUGCACCUCCUGCCUCAGUUUCCCCCCGUCUGCCACCACCAGCAGCACCUGCACACGGUGCAGGGACCGGCCCCGUGUGCCCGCUGCGGCCAGAAGUGGCCCGAGGCGCUGCCAUCUCUCAGUGCCACCAAAGUCCCCAAGGCCGGAGCUCAUCCCAGCGAGGUGACCAUCCUCUCCAUCGGCAGGUUCCGGGUGUCCCGGAUCCCUGAGGUGAGGAGCGAGGCAGGGGCUGAUCCCCUCCGUGGUCCCCUCCCCGCCGGCAGCGGGAUGUGA